CCUCGAGCGACCAGCUCGGCACUCGGCUACGUAUCUUGGCGUCCUGACUUUGUACGCCGGACUAACACUAACAAGUCGCCGCAGCGCUGGUACGUCACACCGCGCGCCACACACUCACUGGCGCACUCUCGACGAAAUUACAGCUCAAUUGCGCGAGUUGCUACCAAAGCAACACAGCAACCACAAGACUAGCUAGGCGACGCGACGACGCCGCGCGUCGUCCUUCCAGUUCGAAAAGGACGACGCGCCACGGACAACGAAAUGAUGAACAACCACGCAUCGCCCCAGACGCGGCCGAUGGCGCCGCCUACACUGCCGGCGCCACCGCGGACCUGUCGCUUCUACCAGACACCACGUGGCUGCAAGUGGGGCAUGAGGUGCCGCUUCAAGCAUGCAGUGACGUGCUGCCCCACGUCGGCCCGCGCGGCGCCGCCGCCCAAAACAACUCUCUCCGCGCACACCCCGAAACCAAACGACGAGAAGUGCACCGAGUCAGGUUCUCCCCACUUUUCGUCCCGACACCCAAACGGAAAGGAAUGCACGGAGAAAAGUGCAUUGCAGGUUCUGCCAAAAGGCGUGAAGGUACGCAUAGUCGAUGGUGUGAUUGUUGCCGUCCAGGGCAAUGACCCCACGACGAAAGAGAUAUCCGCGGCGCGCAAGGUCGCGCAGCGCGCGGAGUCCACGAAGCGCCUGAACAAGGCGGUCGACUCAUUUGUUAGCGAGGCGACCGCGUCGAAGUCCAUGCCCGUGGCGCCCCGCGGCUGCCCUGGACAGCCGGAGGAAGUACCUGACGAUCUGUACGCGGAAACGUGAGCGCGCGGCGACGGCCAGCGGCCGCAGA